AACCCUGAAGCUGCUGCUGCUGCCACUGCCCUCGCCGCCGCCGCCGCCGCCGCCAUGAGAGGUCGGAGCAGCCGCGGCCAUGCCGCCGCGUCGACGUCGAGCCGGCGUGAGGCCGAGGACGAGGAUCCAGCCACCGCCUCCGACGAAUCGGGCGACGACGAGGAGGUUUCCUCGUCGUCGGGGUCGGAGUCGGAGAGCGACAGUGACGCCGAGCGGGAGCUGGAGCGCGCGCUCGCCGACGUGCCGUUCGGGGAGCUGCAGCGCGCCCGCGCCGACGGGUCGCUCGGCGGCCGCGGGUUUAGUGCCGCCGCCGCCGCGCAGAAGAAGGCUCGCAGGGCGAGCAAGAAAAGGCCGAUGGAGAUCAGCACCAAAGUGCGGCCACCGAGGUUCAGGGAGAUCAUUCAGGUUCCGAAGAAGGUUGUCAGGGACCCAAGAUUUGAACCUGUAUAUGGACCUGUUGACAAAGAAGGGUUCAGGAAAAGAUACAAUUUCUUAUUUGAUGAUGAACUUCCUGCAGAGAAAGAGAAACUACAAAAAUCGAUUAAGAAAUCAAAGGACCCUAAUGCCAUUGAAGAAAUGAAGAGUCGCAUCACUUGGAUUGAUAAACAAUUGAGGUCUCAUCCUAAGAAGAACGUUGAGUCAGAGAUUCUGCGUGAACAUAUUAAGAAAGAGAGGGAAGCAACAAAGACUGGAAAGCGACCAUAUUAUCUGAAGAAAUCUGAAAUUCGUGAAAGGAAGUUGAUGAACAAGUACAAUGAGCUCAAGGAGGCAGGAAAGCUUGAUGCCUUCAUGGAGAAGCGGCGGAGGAAGAACGCCUCCAAAGAUCAUCGCUACAUGCCAUAUCGAAGGAAUGGAGAUGGUGCAUAAUGAUGUCUCUCAAGCUGCCUUUAGCUUGAUUCUUUCAUGAUCCACUGGUCCAGCGUCCUGUACAACCUAGAGCGAAAGCUAUCCAUGGACGUUUGAUUUGUAGCUGAAAUUUGAUUACUGAUAACCACAAGCUGUUGUAAACUUAAAUCAUGGAUAAAAUAUUGUUUUGUUUGCUGCUUUAAUUUAUCAUUUUCUGGAAUCAAAGUGAAAACCAGAUCACAAAUUUAGUAUUUCUUAA